AUGAAGGACUCAUUGCUGAGUUCACUGUACUCGCGCGAGUUGUCCGACCCGGCCGUCCGCUCGCGCAGCUAUCGAAAGCUGUACAGCAGCAGCAGUCUUAUCAACGACCUCGAUAUCACGCAAGAGCUGGGCGGGCACAGCGGUUGCGUCAAUGCACUGUCCUGGAGCAAGUCGGGCCACUAUCUCGCGUCAGGCUCAGACGACCAGCACCUCAACAUACACCACUAUCAAGGUCAAGGGAUGAGUACCGACUUUCGGCUCGCCUGCACCGUGGCUACUGGUCAUACGCAGAACAUUUUCUCUGCCAAGUUUAUGCCCUACAGUAACGACAAAACCGUAGUCACAGCGGCUGGAGAUGGGGAGGUAAGGGUGUUCGACCUGGAAUACGCUGGGCAAACUCGGGAAGCGUCUCGGGCGGCUACUCUCGCAACACAAGGAAGACGGAGAGGCCGGAACAUCGUGUACAACGGUGUAAAGUACUUGUCCGACGGCGACACGGACUGCCGAGUGUACCGCAGUCAUGGCGAUAGAGUCAAGCGUAUCGUUACCGAAUCAUCGCCACAUUUAUUCCUUACUUGCAGCGAAGACGGCGAGGUAAGACAAUUCGACCUGCGAUUGCCAUCGUCAGCGUAUCCAUCAGCUCGUGCUGGUCGACCUACCCCUCCGCCGCUCAUAUCAUACAAACGAUUCGGACUUGACCUGAACACCAUCUCGUGCUCCCCCAGCCAGCCAUAUUACAUCGCCCUAGGAGGUGCUCAUCUACACGCCUUUCUGCACGACAGACGUAUGACGGGUCGCGACAGAUUGAUGGAGUCGGGCACGCCUCUUCCGCACGUCGACAGCAUGUCUUCGUCAGAGCAAGACUUGAUGAGCCAGGCAACGCAAUGCGUAAGGAAGUUCGCACCCAAGGGGCAACGAAGGAUGAAGCGGCAGGACAGCGGCCAUAUCACCGCUUGCAAAAUUAGCGACGCCAGGCCGGACGAGAUGAUCGUAAGCUGGAGCGGAGAUCACAUAUACUCCUUCGACCUGAUCCGAGACCUUCCCGUAUCAGCUGGCGAUCCACCCGUCGCGGAGAACCAGCGGCGCAAGCGGAAGCGCAGAGCAGACGGCAGCGAUGCCUCAAUGACGCAGACAGUCCCGCUCUCCUCGCAAGAACCUGACCGAGCUUCCCUACGAAUUCGCUAUCGGAAUGGCCAGAGUGAAGACAUCCAGUUGUCUAAUUCCAGCCGACCCGGUCCGGCUCUGACCGAUAGACAAACAGACGCUCGACAGAUCGCCAAAGGUACUGUGGCCCUGCGGGCAUCCCUGUUCGGGCCAGAGCACGAGGAGGCUGCGACUAUCGCUCGUUUCACGACCUCUCUGGGCGAGGCCGCGAGCAUCCUCGGGCGGAUGGAUGAAGCAAUGAGAGAAUGGCGGUACCCUAUGGAUCCUGAGCAGGACCAGGUCUACACACAACAAAUUCUUCGAGAGAAGCGCGAAAGUAGCCGCAGAUUUGUACAAGCUGCUGGAACCAUCGCGCGGGUGCUCGGCGGCCGGUUGCAGACCCCAGCAGCUUCCGGCUCAGCCAUGGCACAAUUUGCCGAAAUUGAAGUCAGGACCAGUGACCGAGAAUUGCCCUCCAAAGAACAAUUCCGAUACGAUUUUCUGCGAGCGAUCCUGCUCUGGCUGGACUCGGGAAUUGGCCAGCUAAUCGACGGCUUCACGCGGCCCAGUGAUGUCCAGCCAACUCGCAAACAAGGGCUCAGGCUACCAAUACCCGAAGCCGAAGCAACUACAGAGUCGAUUGACGAAUAUUUGGUCCCUUACCUGUUGUCGCUUGCCAAUGACCAUCCUGUCGUGGAUCUCGAUACGAAUCGUUUCGAAGUAGACGAGAGCCGUCAUCUGUUCCCAACAGAAGUGGCCGCCGUCAGAGCGUUUGCGGAAGCGGUCAAGAUUCCAUUCGCGGACAUUUCAUCUGCUAUUGAUGAAGCCGAAGGCAGCGCAGACCAGUUUCAGACGCAGGACCGUCAAGUCGCUCGCAAGUUCUGGGCGCACAAGGUGGCACGGGGCAUCCUUUUAAGUGCGGCCGAGGAACUCAACUAUGUCACUGUCGACCGUGCCUUUGGCGGUCUUGGUAGGGUCGUCCGGGAGGACGACGGCAACGAUCUUGUGCAAGGUCCGGGUCCGGCAAGGGUUGGCGUGGAUUCUAAUGCUGGCGAUGAUGAUCAUGAUGAUGACCAGGAUGAGAGCAGCGAUGUAUACGACGAUGAUGACAACGACAAUGACGGUUUCGAUGACGAAAGCGACGACGGGCGAUCGACCUCGAGUUCCGAGCCAGACGAAGAGGAUGGCGUCCCUAAUCUUGCUUCGCGAUACAUCUACCGCUCUGCGAUGCAACGUCGGCAGUCGAGGCAUCGAGUCGAAGCUGACACGCCAUGCUCCAAGCCAACGAGACAGUAUCGCGGGCACUGUAACGUGAGAACCGUCAAAGACGUGAACUACUUCGGGCCCGAGGAUCAGUAUGUGGUCUCCGGCUCGGAUGAUGGCAACUUCUUCAUUUGGGAUCGACGCACAGGAGAGUUAUUGAACGUGUUGGAGGGCGACGGCGAGGUGGUCAAUGUUAUUCAAGGCCAUCCAUACGAGACUAUGCUGGCUGUUUCCGGAAUCGACCACACGAUAAAGAUAUUCUCGCCCGAUGCUCGCGCUCGUGAAGCAGCGCGUCGUGGAAUAGGAGUAUCAGCGCAUGAUCCAUCAACAGAGCAAUCACGUAUGGACCACGACGAUGAGUAUGUCGCUGCCACUGGCUUGAGUAGCCGCAAGCGCAUGCACGAUGUAUAUCGCAUUACGCAGACGAAUGAGAUGGAGCGCGAAGGUGGCAAUCAGGACUCCGCGAUCACUGUAAGUGUCAGUCUUCCUGCUUGCUGUCCGGACUGCAAUUGA